AUGUGUGAAGGAUGGGAUGCUGAGAUCCAGAACCUCUUGAUUUUCGCUGGUUUGUUCUCGGCCAUUGUAGGAGCCUAUGCCAUCGAGGCAGCUUCAGGGCUCCAGGAACCUCCAGAAGCGCCCCAUACCCAGCUUCUCGUCCGAAUUUCAUCACAGCUUGAAUCGGUCUUCAACUCAACUACCAUUCCACUCCCCGAACUAGAGCCCUUCGCCCCGACUGCAAGCACACUCCGCGUCAACGUCCUUUGGCUCAUCAGCUUAACACUCAGCCUCGCGGUCGUUGCAAUCGGUAUUCUUUGCCUUCAAUGGAUACGAGAGUACCAGCGUCAGGAACCUGGCAGAUCGCACAAGGAAUCCAUCGCUGGUCGCCAUUCGCGCUACAAAUCGCUGACAAAGUGGAGGAUCCCAUUCAUCAUCUCCUCGCUCCCUGUCCUCCUCCAACUCGCCUUUGCUCUUUUCUCGAUCGGCCUUGUGGACUAUUACUAUGAUAUGAACCGGAUGGUUGGAUGGGUCGUGGGCGUGUCGGUGGCCCUGGUCAUGGCUGUUGUCGUCGGAACUACCAUUCUCCCUGGCCUUCACGACUUUGGCCUCUUCUUCUGGUGGUACAAGAGUGGAAGGAAUAAAUCCUCCUCCGCCGAUACAGCAUCGCUCACCUCCUGCGCGUACAAAUCACCGCAGGCAUGGGGGUUUACGAUGUUCCUUAGUGGCGUCAUUGCUCUCUGGACGGAAGCUUGUGCGCGACUCGGCCAUUAUUCUUCUACUUUGCGGGAACUAGCCUUUGUUGCCAAGAGCUGUCCCAACUGGGGUGCAUACGACCGAUGGUGGAGGGAGACCUCGCGAGAUGACUAUAUGGCGGCCCUGUCAUCCAUUGCGGAAACCUUCAAAGAAACCGACCCCAACAUCGCACGUGCCGCCCACCACUGUAUCUGCAACGUGAUGUCUGUUGGAGAGAUCCACCAAGCUAGUCGGUUGCUCCCAGAGGAGACUCGCCGCACGUUCCAGUAUGUUCUCAACCCCAACGAGCGGCCCAUUCAAGUCGCCAAGGACUUUCUGGUAUUCGAAUUCGCCAAGAAACAGGUCCCUGUACUGGAAUGGGAGCAUCUGAAUCGACUGGAGUUAUUCGUCAGGCUACUUGAGGACCUCCCACCAAAUCUGCGGUUAACAGUUGAGAGUGCGUGCCCGAGGAUCUGGACAGGGCGGGAUACGGACGCUAUCCUUCCACUACCUCAGAAUCUUCGGAUCCAGCUUUUCAAACACUUCAAAGCUCAGCUUGAACGAAGGCCAUAUCGAAACACCCCUAUUCUUCCUAAUAUGUUCGUGCUCCUCACCACUCUCGUGCUGGAUCCCUUGGAAGAAUCCACGUCGCUCACCCUACUCGAUUCUGACACUGGCGAGGAGGCGAUACCAACACCGGAGACUCACCCACGCACCUUCGAGAUGCUCGAUACUGGUUUCAGAGUUCUCUCAACUAUCGACUUCCGGUAUCACAAACACAACCUCGAGAACUAUGCCCUCAAGCGAUGGACGAGUCCUGCUUAUCGAAGCACUUUCAUCGCCAACCAAGGAUUGAUUGUAAAUUCGCUUGGGUUCUGGAAAUUCAUGGGUCUUCAGCUGCGGGAAGAUCCAUACCCUUGGGCGUAUAACGAGGAACGGUGGGAGAUGCUCCCGAAGAUGGUGGAUCUGUCGAAGAUGACGAUGAUAGGAUUGCCUCAGGAAGUCGUAGAAUACCUGGAUGAAUAUCAUCCCAAGGAAGGCAAAUUCCGCAUUCGAAGACGACCAGAAUCUGAUUUGAACCUCGGAGACAAUGUUCGAUUGGAAAGGGCGUACCGUGGACCACCGUCUCGUCUCCGAUAGGCAGUGUACGUAUUCCUUUACAUUAAUGCACUAUUUCCACACCAAAGAGGUAAUUAAGGACUAUCAUAAACGAUUCGUAAAAUAACAGGUCGUAAAAAUCAUACACAAAUUCAAUAUCUCGACUUUCUCGUU